GCCGUUACAUUAUUACCACGGCAGGAAAGCCUGUAAAAAUAGUGAAAUUUAUUAUCAAUCCGAUCUUUUACUUGAUGUUCAGGGAAUGAAUCGUGCUUCUGUUCAUAAAACAGAGCUCCUGCUUGGAGCGUCUACUUUGUGCAUCCCAUCAGCCGAAGGAUUCCAGGUUGGUUGGAUACUCAUGCGCAACUUCUUCUGGUUCCCUCUCUAGACGCGUGAUUUUCCCCUUCGUUGGCCGGAGAUCCACCGCCUUGACGCCGGAAAUCGACCGACGACACACCUGUCACCGCCGGCCAUGAUAGCUCAGAAUUUUACGGUGCCUUUGGGAGAGUGAGACUGUUGAUAUCUGAUUUCUUACUGCAGAAGUAUAUUCGAUGCCUUCAGAAACUGGUCUCCAGUUCAGAGUUCAUACUCAAUGACGACAUUAGAUUGUGGAGCACGUUCCUAAAAGAUGAAACUAGACGGCAAAACUGGUUGUUACAGAUCAUCGCUUUCUAUCCAGAAUUCAGAAUGUCUUGAUAAGAAGUGCAUGGAAACUGGGAAACAAGGGUUUGGUACUCAGGCAGGAGGAACAGGAAAAGAUGGACCUAUGGCCAUAUCAAAAUCCAAAGUUCUUGAUACAAUUGCUAAUCAGGUGACUUCUGAAGUAUAUAUUGGAGAUAGUGAACCUGGAUUUGGAUUUAUUCAUGGAGUUGCCAAUAAAAAAGAUACAGUUAUCGGAAGUCAAAAUGAGAAUGAAUCUUUUCCUAGCUGCAAAACAAAAUUUCUGGAAUCUGAAUUAUACACUGAAAAAACUAUAACAGAAGUAUCUUCUAAGCUGAUCGCAUGUUAUAAGUCUGGUUCCUGUUAUGUUAUAAAGGACAUCUGUGUUGAUGAUGGAAAGCAAUCAGAAGAAAAACAUCUCAUAGAGAAUCAUGACACAAAUGAGAAGCUUUCUACAGGUCUCACACAAGUAGAUAUUGAUGCAGAGGAUGAGUUGUCCACGAAACUUGUUGGUAAAAUUACUCCACUGGUCAAAUGUGGAAUUGAUUCUAACAGCACGUUGGAAAAGGAUAAAGUGUUAAACUAUGUGGAUUCAGGUAAUGGGACACCUAAGGAUGGUGAUCUUGAAGAGCUAUUUGAUGCAGCAGGGCAUUCAAAUGAUUCCACCAUUCCUUCUAAUCAGGUUGAGGGUCAUGUGGCAACUGCACCUGUGAAUGUUGCCAAUGAAAAAGAUUUAGAGGGCAAGACAGAACACUCGCAGAGCAAAAAAAGUGCCAAAGACGAACAGUUUUUGCAAUUUAGUAGCAAGAUAGGUAACAAAAGCAUCACUUUUACUUUUGAUCCUUCCAUGCCGCCACCUUCAUUCAACAAUUGUGGUAAUGAGGAAGAAGAAAAAGCAGCAGCAGCAGCAGCCAGUGGCAGACAGCCUGAGCAUCACCACGUUCAUAGUUUAGCAGAACUAUGUCUUCAAGAGCGUCGCUCAUCAGAUGAACCAACUUCGUCCAUGGGCUCAAGCUGCCAUGUUCCAGAGGAACUGAAUGGCAUGCAAGGAAGAAACCCGAGCUCAGAUCCUGGAGAGGUAUCUGAGAAGUUGCAACCUGGGGUGCGCUCCAUGUCAGCAUCCAUUACAUUCUCAGGCCCAGUUCAGUACUCUGGAAGCAUCUCUCUGCGAUCUGACAGCAGCACAGCCAGCACCCACUCAUUUGCUUUCCCAGUAUUGCCGGCAGAGUGGAAUGGUAGCCCAGUAAGGAUGGCAAAAGCAGAUAGUAGGCAGUUUAGAAAGCACAGAGGGUGGAGAAUGUCACUUCUAUGUUGUAGAUUCUGAAGGCUAGUUGGUUUGAGUGAUGGUCUGGUGUUGUCUUGAGGCAGCAUGUGAUGUGAGCGAGAAUUCCAUCUUCAAGUGGUUGGCCAUGUUGAUAGGUGGGAAUCAUGAUUCAAGUUGACAGUUUCACAUUUAUAUUAUAUUUAAUACACGUCCAUUUUUUCUUUCCUUAUACAAAAACGAACAUGAGAUGGCCUUGCUGACUGGCUGGUAUGGUAUUGUUGGUUUGAUUUCCAUGCCUUCUGCUUAUACUUUUUGGCAUGUGGAGUCGAACAACAUUGGUGUCGAAAUUAUUUCAUCUUGGUGCCGUGUU